ACGUACUACGUGAUUACACGUCAAAGGAGCUGUGUUGGAGAAUCAUGGCGGAGCGCAGGAGGCAUAAGAAACGGAUCCAGGAGGUGAGUGAGCCCACCAAGGAGGAGAAGGCGGUGGCCAAGUACCUCCGCUUCAACUGCCCCACCAAGUCUACCAAUAUGAUGGGCCACCGGGUGGACUACUUCAUCGCCUCCAAGGCGGUGGACUGUCUGCUGGACUCCAAGUGGGCCAAAGCCAAGAAGGGGGAGGAGGCCGUGUUCACCACCAGAGACUCUGUGGUGGACUACUGCAACAAGCUGCUGAAGAAGCAAUUCUUCCACCGUGCUCUGAAAGUCAUGAAGAAGAAGCCAGAGAAGGACAUCAAGAAAGACAAGGAGAAAGAAAAAGAGAAGAAGAAGGAUUUCAAGGAUGUAGAGGCUUCAGAUGUAAAGAAGGAGAAAGAGAAGAAGAAGGAUGUAGAGGCUUCAGAUGCAAAGAAGGAGAAAGAGAAGAAGAAGGAUGCAGAGGCUUCAGAUGUAAAGAAGGAGAAAGAGAAGAAGAAGGAUGUAGAGGCUUCAGAUGUAAAGAAGGAGAAAGAGAAGAAGAAGGAUGUAGAGGCUUCAGAUAUAAAGAAGGAGAAGAGUGACGAUAGCCCCGGAACGCCAAAGAAGAAAAAAGACGUGAAGAAGAAAUUCAAACUGGAGCCUCAUGAGGAUCAGCUCUUCUUGGAUGGCAAUGAGGUAUUUGUUUGGAUCUACGACCCAGUCCAUUUUAAAACCUUUGCCAUGGGACUGAUUCUGGUAAUUGCAGUGAUCGCGGCCACUCUCUUCCCGCUGUGGCCGGCUGAGAUGCGUGUGGGUGUGUACUACCUGAGUGUGGCAGCAGGCUGUUUCGUGGCCAGUAUACUGCUGUUGGCUGUUGCUCGCUGCAUCCUGUUCGUGAUCAUCUGGCUGGUGACGGGCGGACGCCACCACUUCUGGUUCCUGCCCAACCUCACGGCUGACGUGGGCUUCAUCGACUCUUUCCGCCCGCUCUACACGCACGAGUACAAGGGCCCGCGGGACUCCAGCAAGAAGAGCCAGGACAAGACUGAGGGCAAGACCAGCGAUGAGAAGGAGGGUGACGGUGAGGAGGAAGAGGAGGAAGGAGACGAGGGCACAGUGCCACAGGGGAUGGAAGAAGGCGAGGUGGCGAAGGGGACGGGGACGUCAGCGAGUACCGCUGAGCGCUCUGACACAGACAGCGACCGGCGCGAGGACGAGGGCUCGCAGCACAGCAAUGGAAAUGACUUUGAGAUGAUCACCCGCGAGGAGCUGGAGCAGCACACGGAGGAGGAGGAGGAGGAGGAAGAAGGAGAGGGGGAUGAAGGAGAGCAGGAAGGAGACGGUGAGAGAGAGCCUGUGCCUGUUCAAACAUAAACAUUCUAUCACUGCCACCUCCUUCUUCUCCACCCUCGUGCUCCUCCAAGGACAACCUCCCACCUCCUCCAGGUCUUGUCAACCUCGCAGAGGAGACAACUCCAUCUUGCCUGCUCCGAUCUUCCACCAACUAUACAGAUGCCACGCCUGAGUAUCGACACUGGUGUCAAAUGGCUAUAACAUUGGAAAAGAGAAGCCUUAUUGUGGUUCUAAAAUCCCCAGCUUAUUUAAACUGAGAAAUGCAAACUAACUUAACAGAUGUUUGUCUGAGGAAGUUGUCACGUUAGUUCUCCCGACUUUUCCCCUAUUCUUCGGUAAUUACGUUAUGACUGUUAUCCCAUAUCAUUCUAGUUAACUCAUCCACUCUGUGUUGUUUACCAUUGCUACAAUGCUUCCCUUGUAUGUCUCUUGUCAAUUUCCACAGGUGAGGGAAUUGGAGCUAUGGAAUCAUUUUUACUUGGGGAAGUACUGCCAUCUUGUCUACCUACCCCUCAAAUCCAGACUGUUGUCUUAUGAACACGCGAUUUGUACAAUCAUGGUUAGGCUAAGCCCAGUGUUGUGUCCAGUAGCUGCAAAACACGGUAACUAAAUUGAAAUGGGAACCAAAAUAUACACAUUUUCACCAUUUCCCUUUGGUCUAUUGUCACCCAGCUGGGCCAAGGUCUUGUACUAGCAGUGGCAUCUGGCCCUCUGUCCACAGUUCAACUCUUGUCUUUUAUGAGUCUGAUCUCCCCUCGGCAGCCAUCGGACGUUAGGAUUGACCAACCGUUGGCUACGCCACUAUAACUAAUGUGGAUGGACCAAAAUCCAUAGUUUACCCCACCACAAAGACCUCACUUAUUGGGGGUUUUGCUGAAAUGCGUCUGGCGAGAGAACAAAAGAAUGAAAAAAAAUGGCGGCGGCAGUUGAACAUCAUUAACAAUAAACAGCCUUGUGGUUCUUUGCGGUACUUAUUUUCAAUGAGAAAUGUUUGGUUGAUAAUGAUCGGUUCUGUACACAAACACACGCACGUAAAACCAGAUCUUAUAAGAGUCAUGUCCAUUACAAGCAGUCGGACAACAAAAAUAAAACAGGUCGUUUGAGAUGCCACUUUCUAGAAGAAAUGUAUUCUGAGGCCACGCACAUACAGACAGCAAAGAUGGAAUGGAAAACCUGUUCUUAAAGUGUUGUAUUCACCAUUUAGAAUCGGACAUGAAAAUUAAAGUGCCAAACACGUUAAUUGUUGUUACAAUGCAUGCUGUUUUCAUACGGGAAGACAUGUCAAAAGUGUCAGCAAGGGAUUUUGGUACAUUUAUUCAUUUUUGUAACGAUUGUGUCAAAUUCCAAACCUUUUGCACCUUAAAAGCGCAGCGCAGUAUAGGAGCCAAGACAUUAGUGUGUAGACAUCAAUCCCCUUCUCCCUUCAGUUCUAUCUAAGCCAUGCAAAGCAGGCAAUAUGUCCUGAAGCUUACUAUACUCAUUCUACGAUUGCUUGUCAUAGUAUUGUCAGUUCAACUCGGAUGCCCAUACAUUCAUGAUAGCUUUUGUUGUGUUGCCUUCAUUGGUAUUCUAGUCAUGCUAGUUGACAACGAUGGAGACCCAUGUGAAUGCAUGGGGACUUCAUUGGAAAACAAUGUGGUCGAGGUCCAAUUCUCUGUAGUGUUGCAUUAUGGGGGCUGUGGUCCAAUACUGUCUGUUCGUACGGUUGCAUUCUUUUUGGCUGGAGUUGUUUUAGAAGCUAGUGAGGACAAUAUUUAAAAACAUAAAGAUGUCAUUUAUAUAAGGAAUUCUAUAUCAAAUAUAUUUUGAAUUGAUAAAUUAUGAGCCCGCUUGGUUCAACUUGAACAGAAUCCUUUAUUGGGGGGGUAUCAACUUAUUUUCAGUAAUGUUUAUUUUGCUCUUUUUUUUCUUUUCUUUUUUACUAUAAUUUUGACCACCAAUAGGCAUAUUGUCAAGAGUGUAUUGUACUCUCAUUAUUGGGGACUCUCACCAGAAAUGUUUAAUAUUUAAUGUGUGGAUAUAUGAUCAGAUGGACUACCUAUUUUUGAUCUAGUUGAUAUUGAUUGAUUUGUCAUUUAUUUUAUGGUAGAGGAAUGUAUAUAGAAAACCUAGCUAUGUGGCUACUUACAGCAAGUCCCACAAACAUGUUUGUUUCUUGCCAUAAGAAUAGUGAAUGAUUAACUUGUGGUUGAGAAACCCGUUAGCAGUGGAUUGCAUAAUAUUUUAUAUUGCUGUUCCACACACAAUGUUCUGGGAAGAAAGUUCACCCCGCUGUGUGAGAGCAAGGGGAAAAAAGUCAAUUGAUGAUUUGGAUAUCCCACACUCUACACAGAUGGACCCAAUGUCUAGACUGAGGGAGUAUCUUCCAGACUCAUACCCUUCUCACACAAUCUUGUUCACCCGAAUUGUAGUGCUGGCCGGUUCCUGGCACUAUGCUUGGAUGUAGUGCUGGCCGGUUCCUGGCACUAUGCUUGGAUGCGUAACCAGGCGAGCGCAGUGCAGCUCGGUGAACUGGUCAGUAGUGUGAAAAAGGGUACAAGCACCGUCUUGCUUUCCUGUUCUCAGAGCUUGUUGACCUCGGUAGAUCUCCAGCUUGUUUCUUCAUUGUCGUGUUUCCCUGAACUUUAUUCAACUGUGCGUGGCUCUUGUACAAUACAAGUGUACUACUUACAACUGCACACUGUGUAGUUGGUCUCUUUUUAGUAUUAUUUUUUGUGUGUGUGUGUUCAUUUUCAAUGCUUUUCUGUUUCCUGGUGAUGUCUUUUGGAGAGCAAGAGUGCAUUCGUAAAUUCAGUCUGGAGUUCCACAGUGGCCUCUGGGCGUUGGUAAAUUCAGAGCGUUUUUCAUUCAUCUCGGAGUAUUCAGAAUGCACACUAGACACUGACCGAAGAGGGUUGAUCAGAGCGUUCUGACCUCACAACAGUAGUCAAGCACCCAAGCUAACGUUGGCUCGAAGAGGGUUGAUCAGAGCGUUCUGACCUCACAACAGUAGUCAAGCACCCAAGCUAACGUUGGCUCGAAGAGGGUUGAUCAGAGCGUUCUGACCUCACAACAGUAGUCAAGCACCCAAGCUAACGUUGGCUAGCCUUGCUAGCUACUUCCAGACACAAAGCCCACUGAAAAUUUCUCGUCCUAGCAGAACUGUUUUAGGCUGUUUUCAUGUUAUCCAGAGCGUUGGUGACUAACUGCUGCUGGAAACAAACAAUUUUAUUACGCUUUUUUUUGCCGACGUUUACUGACACCGGCCAUAUUCAACGGGUGUUGAGCGUUCGUAAAUUCAUCAGUUAUUCUGCGCUCUGGCACAGUCAGACGAGAGUGCUCUGAAAUAGGAGUAGAUGGCCCGAGUGAAUUUACGAACGUGCCCCAAGUUGCCAGUAGCUGUAUUAUGAACAAUUUCAUGAAAAUCUCAUUGUUCUUGAGUCUUCUUCUUGCACAGUUAUCAGUCUGUUGUAUAUUGUAGUAUUAAUCUAUACUACUUUAUUCCAUUACAUUUCUGGAAGAAAAAAAAACGUUAUGUUUUAUCUGUUAAAUGUCAUUAGUCACUUAGUUGUUCAUAUUUGAAUCAAUAUCAUUGAGGACUGUCUCUUGCAAUAUUUCAAUAUAAUGUCAUUAAUUGAAUGUCUGGAAGUAUAUCUGUAUCUUAUUGCAAUAAAAAUAUAGAAAGCA